CCGCUUUCUACAUGAGGAUACGGGGAAAAUGGGAAUACUCUGUGCUGGGUUUCGACACUACCCCACGUCCGCAGGGAGCACGCUAGAGCGGUUUGAGGCGAGGUGAGCCGUGCCGUGUCGAGCCGAGCGCGGCCGAGCCGAGUCGAGCUCAGCCGCGCCAGCGGAAACUAUUGAGCCAGCAUGAGCGUGCGUGUUUCGGCCGGUUCGGUUUGUUUUGUUUAGCAAACAACAGUGUUUUGACGAUAUUUUGUGUGGGUUUUGGGUGCAUCAACAUGGCAAGUGGGGCUGAUCUCCACUUGGCGUUAUUUAAAGCUUACACUGCGCGGUUCCCCGAUCGUUCAAAGGGAAAUGCGCAAAAAGAAGUUAAUACCAUUUGGAACGAAGCAAAAAAGAAACAUGGCAAGCCUCGUACCACGCCCUUCCAGGAUCACAUCGAAGGGCUGAUUAAUGACUACAAGUCGAAGACGACGACGAAAAAGGUGCAAACACUCCACAAAUAUCUGAAUAUGGUGAGUACAUAACCUAUAAAUCACAGUCAAUGGUUUGAAUGCGGGGUGUCGCCGCGCCAGCGAGUGGAUGGCAUUCGGUGAACGUACAUGCGAAACGUUUUGAGCAGUAUCGUCACGAGAUUUAGUUCGUGUUGUAGCCGCAAAGUAAAACUCUGUAUUAACUUUUGCAACAGGGUCGUGCCUCAACACCCGUUGAUGGCACGAGUGCAGUGUCUUCCUCGGCGGGCCCCUCGACGUCGUCCGCGUGCUCUUUGGCGGCGGCACCCUCCACGUCCUCCUCGCCCUCCUGCUCCACGGCUGCUCCCCCCAUGUCAGCAUCGUCCUCAGCAGAGACGCCCUCGCCCACGUGCUCUCCACCGGCUUCUGGGACUAGUGGUCCAGUGUGCGCAGCCAACAGACGCGAGGAGGAGAGUGUCGACGACCCGGAGGAGGCCAACUCCAUCGCCGCACCAGCGCGCGUGUACAGCACACCACAGCAGGACAAACUUCAACAAAAUAUCGUUCUUUUAAAGAACCAGCUGACCAGCCUGGUGGCUCUGGACCAGUCAGACUUGGCACCCGUCGGUACCAGAAAGGAGCUAAAGCGGCUUCGCACGCAGAUCAGUGAGGAGGAGAACAAGUUGAAAAUCGCUCAGCGCGACGCCCAGCGGAAGCGCCGUGAACGAGAGAAAAAGAGGACGGCCCUAAACGAGGCGCUUGCCAGCGAUCCUACACUCCGCAAGAAGCUGAAGAUUCGGGGACAAACUGGGCGGCCUCGAGUAGAGGUGGACCAGCCCCUACUGCUCCAGACAAUCGUGAAGAUGGCCCAGGCACACGGCGGCGCCGACGCCAGGAGGCGGUCGGAGUCGAUGCAGCUGUGCAGAACCCUCGACGAUCUCGUCGCAGAGCUGCGUUUGGCCGGGUUCAACAUCAGCCGGAGCGCUACCUACCUUCGCCUUCUACCCCGGCGUGCCAACGCAGGGGAUGGCCCUCGCCACAUCACGACGGUCCCCGUCAAGCUCGUCAAAGCCCAAACAUCCGAACAUCGGCGUCACAUCGACACCGAGUUCGCACUGGCGUCUGUGCGACAGGUAGAAUGCGUCGUCUCAGUGCUGGGACCAGCACAGGCUUUCUUUAUGUCCCAAGACGACAAAGCUAGGGUCCCUCUUGGCAUAACAGCGGCCAACAAGCAAGCACCUCUCAUUAUGCACAUGGACUAUAGGGUUACCCUCUCAGACCAUGAUUUUGUAGUAGCCCCUGCGCACAAGCUUAUCCCGUCCGUAUACGCGGCCUGCAAGAUCAAGCAAGGUGCGAUCGGGUCCGAGGGUGCUGUCACCUACAGUGGACCCACCUACGUCGCCAUCCGCUCCGGCAAACAUUCCUCAUCGACAGCUGCCAGUCAUGCAACGGACUUCAACACCAUCUACGGAUUGGCCGAGUUCCGGGAGUUUGUCCGGAACAAGCAUGGAGACACCAAGCCCGUAGUGGCCAUCUCUGUAGAUGGUGGUCCAGAUGAGGCUCCUCGCCAUCGGGCAGUGCUGGCAGAGGCUGCCCGCCACUUCAAAAACAUGGAUCUGGACGCCCUGUUCGUGGUGGCGAAUGCCCCUGGUCGAAGUGCAUACAACCGGGUCGAGAGGCGGAUGGCGCCUCUCAGUAAAGAGCUCUCCGGGCUUGUCUUGCCCCAUGAUUUUUUUGGGUCUCACUUGGACGCCUCCAAGAAGACAACAGAUACCAGCCUGGAGCAAGCCAACUUCGGCGCAGCCGCUACCAUCCUGGGGGACGUGUGGUCCGACCUUGUCAUCGACGGCCACCCUGUUGUAGCGGAGUACGUCCCUAAUCCAGCCCCGGCGGAUGAAGGUGGGGAUGCUGAGGAUCAGCAUGCUGACGAAGAGGAGACUGCAAAAGCCGAGUGGCUGGCAGACCACGUCCGCCAAUCGCAGUACUUGCUGCAGAUAGUAAAGUGCAAGAACACGUCCUGCUGCAGUCCUCUUCGCAGCAACCUGGCGACAAUACUCCCCAACCGCUUCCUACCACCACCGGUGAAAGUGACCCAGGACGCAGAGGGCAUGCUGACAGUGCCGGAACCUACAUCCACAGAGGGAAACUUUCCCAAUCUCUAUGCUCUGUCAGCGUUAAAUAUCCCAAAUAAGCCUACUGUGUAUGACACUUUUUGCCCAAGCGUCCAGUCCGAGCUGGUUCCUCGCACCUGUGAGCACUGCGGGCUGUACUUCCCCUCACAAACGGCUAAGAAUGAACACAUCAAGAUAAUGCACAGUCGUGCGUUUAUCAAGGAAAAUCCAGCUGCGCGGAUUCGGCCGUACAAAGUUCUCAGCACUCGUGUUACAAUGCAGCAACGCGAAUAUCUGUGCCAAUUCCAAGAUUCUACAUCCGACGACGUUACUUGGUUGGAUGAGGAUGACCUGGACGUGGAGACAGUACACUUCGAGGAGGUUCCUAUCCCCUCAACCGAAAUUCCGGUAGUCUCAAAUGUUGUGGAGUGGAUGGCUUCACCAUUUGCAGAAGAUCAGUAA